AUGGCACUUGCAUCCAUGAGCAAGCUCCUGACCAUUAUUGCUGCUCUUCAGCUAGUUGAGAAACGACUUGUGGAUCUCGAGACGGACGUGUCAUCCUUGACACCAACAUUAGCCUCUCAAGGCAUAUUGCAGGGCUUGGAUGCGGCAGGCCGACCACGCUACGAUAUGAGCAACCCUGACCUUGCCCGCUUUACGGCUUAUAGGGGACGAAACAUCAAUUCUGGAAGUACAAUUGGUGAGCGAUUUGGCUACCCGCUGACCUUCGAGCCGGACACCGCAUGGAAAUAUGGUACAGGGAUUGACUGGGUUGGACAACUCGUUGAGCUUUUAACAGGGCAAACUCUAUAG